AUGGCUUCCAAGAAUGGGAUCGACCGCCGAGAUGAGGACGAGGUCUGCCCCGUCUGCAAGUCCUCGCGGUACCUGAACCCGAACAUGCGCUUUCUCAUCAACCCGGAAUGCUACCAUAAGAUGUGCGAGUCCUGCGUCGACCGCAUAUUUUUAUCCGGUCCCUCCAGCUGCCCUGUCGCCGGCUGCCGAAAGACGCUGCGCAAGAACCGAUUCCGCGCGCAGACCUUUGAGGAUAUCGGGGUCGAGCGGGAGGUCGACAUUCGGCGACGCGUGAUGCACAUUUUAAAUCGCCGCGAAGAAGAAUUCGACUCAAAGCGCGCCUACGAUGAUUUUCUCGAGCAGCGCGAAGAGAUAAUCGCCAACCUCGUAUCCCGAAUCGACGUGGCAAAGACCGAAGCCCAGCUCCAGAAGUACGCGACCGAGAACAUGGCGUCUAUUCGCACAAAUCAAAAAAUCGAGGAACAGGAGGCGACAUCAUUCCACGCACGCAUCUCUCUUGAACAAGAGGAGGCUCGAAUGCGCCGACAACUCGCACGAGAGGAGCUCGAGAACGAGCGACGAGAGAUGCAAGCCGGGCGUGAAGACUUCUUAUCGCGACUUGCAGCUGGAACAUCAUCCGAUGCUGCGUCCAUCGCGCGGGAAAGCCACAAGGUGCAACUGAGAAAGUCAUCUGCCAGGCACAGUGAACAAGACCGACUUCGACAGAAACAAGCUGCUCUGCGCGGCUCGGAACUCAAGAGGGGCACGAACCUCUCGAGCGUCGAAAGCGCCGAUCCUUUGGAUACCGGACUCAUCAAGGGGUUGCGGAAGAUCAAGACUCCCGAGCCAGAGAAGCCGUACGAUCCCUUCAUGGGAUAUCUUCCCGAGAAGCGCGACUAUGUCACCUUGCAGCAGUCCUACCCAUCUCAGUACCUCGACCGUCUUUGCAAGAGCACGCAGGCUGCGGCUGGUGGGUUUGACCUGCAGGAGUACUAUUCGCGCACUCUGAUGGAGGCAUUUGCUGGUUUGGGUUGUUUUGUCGAAGAGGAGAUUGCAGAGCGAGAUAUGAAUCGAUCAAAAUCGGUGGCUAAUGAGGGUACUGCGAUGGCAGCAGUGAAUCAGUAG